CCGCGUGGGCAUGGCGUGAACAUGGAGUCGCCUCUGGAGCCGGAGUGGAAGGCGGCGUCGCAGCCCGAGGCGGGAGCCAUGCCGGAGAAACGCGCGGGCGCUCAGGCCUCGGGCGGCAGCUGGUUACAAGGCUUUGGCCGACCAAGUGUCUACCAUGCUGCUAUUGUCAUUUUCUUUGAAUUCUUUGCAUGGGGCCUCUUGACAACUCCAAUGUUAACUGUGCUACAUGAAACAUUUCCUCAACACACAUUCCUCAUGAAUGGUCUCAUUCAAGGUGUAAAGGGUCUGCUCUCUUUUCUGAGUGCUCCACUCAUAGGUGCUCUCUCCGAUGUGUGGGGCAGAAAGCCCUUUCUGCUUGGCACAGUCUUCUUCACCUGCUUCCCUAUACCUCUGAUGAGGAUCAGCCCAUGGUGGUAUUUUGCCAUGAUCUCUGUGUCUGGAGUCUUCUCAGUCACAUUCUCUGUGAUAUUUGCCUAUGUAGCUGAUGUUACUCAGGAGCAUGAACGAAGUACUGCUUAUGGAUGGGUCUCAGCCACCUUUGCAGCUAGUUUGGUUAGCAGCCCAGCCAUUGGAGCUUACCUUUCUGCAACUUACGGAGAUAGCCUUGUUGUGCUGGUAGCCACAGUAGUGGCUGUUGCGGACAUCUGCUUCAUUUUAGUCGCGGUUCCUGAAUCUCUGCCAGAAAAAAUUAGACCUUCUUCUUGGGGAGCUCAGAUUGCUUGGAAACAAGCAGACCCUUUUGCGUCCUUGAAGAAAGUUGGAAAGGAUUCUACCGUGUUGCUAAUCUGUAUCACAGUGUUUCUCUCAUACCUUCCUGAAGCUGGACAGUAUUCAAGUUUUUUUCUCUAUCUCAGACAGGUCAUAGGCUUUGGAUCUGUUAAAAUUGCAGCAUUCAUAGCUAUGGUAGGAAUCCUGUCUAUUAUGGCUCAGACUGUCUUUCUUAGGAUCUUGAUGAGAUCACUGGGCAAUAAGACUACUAUCCUCCUCGGCUUGGGCUUCCAAAUGCUCCAAUUGGCCUGGUAUGGGUUUGGAUCUCAGGCCUGGAUGAUGUGGGCAGCAGGCACUGUGGCGGCUAUGUCCAGCAUCACAUUCCCAGCACUCAGUGCCCUCGUCUCUCGGAAUGCAGAGCCAGAUCAGCAAGGAGUUGCCCAGGGAAUUAUAACUGGAAUCCGAGGACUAUGCAAUGGCCUGGGGCCAGCAUUGUAUGGCUUCAUAUUCUACAUGUCCCAUGUUGAACUGAGCGAACUGGGUCCAGAAUUGAGUUCUGAUGAUGGUCCUCUACAGGGAGCGUUCGUUCCAGGCCCGCCAUUUUUAUUUGGAGCAUGUAUAGUUUUUAUGUCUUUUAUGGUUGCCUUAUUCAUCCCUGAAUACCGGAAAGCCAGUGGAGUUCAAAAACAUAGUAACAGCAUCAGUGGCAGCGUAACCAACACCCCUGAACAGGGCAUUGAUGAGGACAUUGAGCCACUACUGCAAGACAGCAGACUCUGGGAGCUGACCUAUGAAGAACCUGGAAAUCAGUGCACUGAACUAUAACUGCAGAAAGGGAUUCUGCAGACAUCAUCUCUGAGAACCAUGGAGGAGCUGCAUCACAUGGAUACUUACUUCAUGGUGCUGGAGGCUCGAUGCUUGCAGCAUCCUUUGGGCCAAAUUCAGUGACUGACUUCCUUCAUCUUUUGGCCCUCACUCUUUUCUUUCUGUUCCUUUUCUCCCAUUCUUUUUCUUUUUUGGACAUUGAGCAAGGUGAGAUCAGAAAUGCUUACUUUCAAGUAAUAUGCAACACUCAAGGUUAUCGGGAGUCCAGACUUUGAAACUUAAAUAGAGAAGGCUUUACAUCUGGUAGUCUGGUAGAAAGGAUCACUUUAGUAACUGGAAUAAGAGUGACAGCAUUUGUUCUAUAGGUGCAGGACUGCCAUCUUGAGCAAAAUUUCAAGUAGAGAAUCUCUUCCUUUGUCUUUUUCUGAAUCACUUACUUAGUAGCUCAUUGGUAUUGAUGAGUGGCUAUCCUUAAGAGUCACUUUGUGUCAGGGAUCUAUUGACUUUGUCCAAAGGGCAAAUGCAAGGCUAUAUUUAUUUUCUUCUUGUAAAUGAGAAUCGAUAAUAAUUGACCAGUGAUCACUUUUACCAGAUAAAGGAAACCAUUCUUAUUAAUUGAAAUCAUGUUGAACUAGCAACUUGGAUACUGGACUUUGUGUCCUGAGGAGAUCCAAGGUGAUGUUACAGAAGAAAGAAACAGUAACAAAGUCAAGCCAGGCAUGGUCACGCAUGCCUGUAACCCCAACUACUUGGAGGUCGAAGCAGAGGAUUACAAGUAUGAGGCCAUAGUGAGACCCCAUCUCAAAACAGGCAGCAUUCCAGUGGCAUCAGAGAAGUUGGAGCGUGUGUCAAAAGAAAAUAACAGUUUGAACAUUCCCACAAAAGCAUGAGAAUUCGUAACCUGAUAUGAUGGAGUUUAUGUUCAAGUUCAGGCUCAUUACUAUUUGCUUUGUCCCACAUCUCCCAUGACCACCUCAUCCAUCAUACUCCUGCCUUAACUGUUAUGUUAUAUGCACUUGUUUUCAGUUAACUUGUAUGUUAGUAAUCUGACAUUUGAAUCUCAUAGGAAAAUGCAUAUCAGGUUCCUCUCUAAACUGAGGGUUUGGAGAAGCUUCGUUUCACGUAAGUGUCUUGGUAAUUUUUUGAGAUGUUUCAUGGACAAAGAAAACGUUACAGAUUUAUAUGUAUUUUGCUGCACAGUAACUGGCCCAUUAAUUUGGGCCUACCUUUAACAAAGCACUCCUUUGAAAGUUUUAAAAGUAUGAAAUACAUAUAGACACUUGUAAAGGUUUUUAUUUUUUUGAUGGGUACUGUGUAAAUCUUGUAUUUAUAAAUGUAAUGAAGGUAUUGUUAGAAAAAAAUAUAUACAACUUUUAUAAAGGAUUGUAUACUGACUGAAUUAAUUUACAAGAAAAUAUAUUUUGAAGCCUGUUCUGCCACGAACAGAGAUAACAUAUCUUUUUACUGUUGUUGGUUUUUAGGGUAAGCUUCCUAAUGCAAAAUAAAUUUGCAAUGGAUACUUUU